CAGGGAAGAGGGUGGGGGGCGAGGCAGCAGAGAAAUGUGACCAGAGGUUGGGAGUCACAGCCGGGAUUUGUGACGUGGUUUACUGUAUCGGGGCUGGAAAAGCGAGAAGCGCUCCGUGCGCGCAAUAAAACAUCUCAGUCAGUCGAUCCGCAGCGGCUUCAUGCUCAGGGACGACGUUUGGCUGCCGUCCACGGAGAUAAGUGUGAUCGGAUGAAUGUGUCCUUGUUAUGCUGGUUUUUUUUUUUUAUGAGUACGUGAGGCGGACGGGAUGUCUUAUCCUCUGAAUGGACUUUAAAAGGCUCCUGCGGCUCCCGAUGAAUGACCAGUUGGCUGUUAGGACACCUCAAGGAAACUUUUCUUCAUCAUUGUGCGUUCAAUGACAGCGAAAGCUCUCUGGAAUAUCUGACUUGAAGCGUUUCCAUUUGGAUUUAUCUUCUUAUUUAACCGUUUUUGUCGCUGAACUUGGCAGCUUUAACAUGGCACUUUAUGUAGAAGGUCUGAGUAAAGGAGCGGCCGACGUAGGGAUGGCUCAGUUCCAGGAAAUGAUGCGGCAGCAGCUGGAGAGCUCCAUGCACGCUGAGCUGGAGAAACUGCUGGACACCACCACCACAGGGGCCGAGAAAGAGGUGUCCAGGAAGAAUUUUGAGGGCUUCAAGAACCUCUUCCACAGAUUUCUGCAGGUGAAGGGGCCGUCGGUGGAGUGGAUCAAGAUACAGAGACCUCCAGAAGACUCUAUCCAGCCUUACGAUAAGAUCGCUGCUCGAGGCCUGCCGGACAAUGUGGCCGACAGCUUGAAUAAACUGGUGGUGGUGAAGCUGAACGGAGGCCUGGGCACCAGCAUGGGAUGUAAGGGCCCCAAGAGCCUGAUCAGCGUCCGCAACGAGAACACCUUCCUGGACCUCACUGUGCAGCAGAUUGAGCACCUGAACAAGACCUACAACACAGACGUCCCCCUGGUUCUCAUGAACUCCUUCAACACAGAUGAAGACACAAAGAAAAUUCUGCAGAAGUACACACACCACCGGGUCAAGAUACACACCUUUAACCAGAGCAGGUACCCUCGCAUCAACAAAGAGUCCCUCCUUCCAGUGUCCACAAACUUGAGCAUGUCUGGGCAGAACUCGGAGGGCUGGUACCCUCCCGGUCACGGCGACAUCUACGCCAGCUUCUACAACUCGGGCCUGCUGGACCAGCUGGUCGCGCAGGGCAAAGAGUACAUCUUUGUGUCCAACAUCGACAACCUGGGGGCCACCGUCGACCUCCACAUCCUGCACCACCUGGUCAGCCAGCCCAACGGCAAACGCUGCGAGUUCGUCAUGGAGGUGACGGACAAGACGCGUGCCGACGUGAAGGGCGGCACGCUGAUCCAGUACGAAGGGAAGCUGCGUCUGCUGGAGAUCGCCCAGGUGCCCAAAGCCCACGUGGACGAGUUCAAAUCGGUUUCCAAGUUCAAGAUCUUCAACACCAACAACCUGUGGAUCUCCCUGGCUGCUAUCAAGAGGCUGCAGGAGCAGAAGGCCAUGGACUUGGAGAUCAUAGUCAACCCCAAGACUCUCGACGGCGGGCAGAACGUCGUCCAGCUGGAGACGGCGGUCGGCGCGGCCAUCAAAUGCUUCGACAACGCUCUGGGGAUAAACGUUCCUCGCAGCCGGUUCCUUCCCGUGAAGACCACGUCGGACCUGCUGCUGGUCAUGUCCAACCUGUACAGCCUGGACGCCGGUUCUCUCACCAUGAGCCCCAAGAGAGAGUUCCCAACGACGCCACACGUCAAGCUGGGCAGCUCCUUCACCAAGGUCCAGGAGUACUUGACCCGCUUUGAGAGCAUCCCCGACAUGCUGGAGCUCGACCACCUGACAGUGUCCGGAGACGUCACCUUUGGCAAAAACGUGUCUCUCAAGGGCACCGUCAUCAUCAUCGCCAACCACGGAGAUCGGAUUGAUAUUCCAGCCGGCUCAAUGCUGGAAAACAAAAUCGUAUCCGGCAACCUCCGCAUCCUGGACCACUGAGGCCUUUUUCACCCUCCCUCCCCCCACCGUGCACCCUUAUCAUGUGACCCAGUUGGCUUUAUCCCAGUCAUGUGACCAGUUUUUCAUGUUUACCCGACACCAACAGAUUGUGAGAGGAAGUGACUUUCCCCCGGAAGGCUGUGUGUGAUUGCAUGUGCAGUGCUACUCUGCAGUCUCAGCGUUAGGAAGUGGUCUAAGCGCUGCUGGCUGGUUGGGAGUAGCUGGGAUGUGCUGCCCUCUACAGGCUGUUUGUCAUAUAACCUUCAAAAGUAUUGAUACUGAGCUUGUCAUAGCUGCCACGUUAAACAAAUCUUUAUCAACAUGAGAGUGAAAAACAACUAAUUAGAUUUUGUUUCUAUUCUUUUUCUUCACUGUAGAGAUUUUGACUUUUGUUGGCCAGAAAAUAAAACCUGCCAAAGUAGACCUAAAGUAGACAAUAAUAACAUGAAUAAUAUAAAUAGGGAUACUAAUGGGACUAGACUUUAAAGAACAAAUAAAAUGAUCUUAUUGUGGCCAUUUUCAGCACUGCUAAUGCAAUCACAUCGUGUACUAACAUAGAGAGGUACAGUCAUGGAAGUUUGGGACGUUUAUUUCAAGCACAAAGACGUCACUGCUGGACUUGGUUCCACAGUUCAGGUACGAAAAAAUUAGUUCUGUAAUAUAAUACGCAAAUAUAUUUUGAUCAUUUAUACAUUAUCCGCUGUAUAUAUCUGAGGCUGGAGUCCAACACAGCUCACAGGUUGCUUCUCUAGCGAAAAACCUACAAAAUGCAGACACAUCGAAUAUCCACACAAAAAUACUGAAGCCUUCACAUGAGCCACCGUAUCGCCGUGUGGAAAUAAUGAAACAGAAAAUGAUUAACUUGUAAAAUAAUUCCUAAAUUGGUCAUGUACCUCAGCUUAUCUUACUGUCUCUUGACGAACACGUAAGAUCUGUGUAAAGAGGAGAGGAUAUUCAAACAUAAAUUAUUUUGAGAUUUCACUGGCUCUCCUUUAGUAUCACCUGUAACGGUUCAACAGCAUCCAACUUGCGAGUUUGCAUCACCAGCUGUAAUACUGGUGUUAAUCUUAGUGGAUGGACACAUUUACUACAAUUUGCGAUAAAUUUGGAUGAAAACUUGACAGACAUCUGACUGUUUCAUGAUUCUAAUCAGAGGAACAAAGAGCCAAAAGACACUGAAAUCCUCAGUAGAGAUGAGGUUAGUUAAUGAUUCUCUGUUGAAGUUUCACUCUGAGCCACAUCUUCCACAUACAAGUAGUCAUUAGAUGUAUUAAUGUAGAAAUAUUAAGAAGUACGGCUUUGGGUUAAAAGUCAAAGCAGGACAGCAACAGUACGUUAUGAAUUUGUGGAACCAUGAAUCCUCAAGUGAAGUUAGUGCUCACAACUGAUUUGGUAACUUCCCUCUAUAGCGAUGAAAACUGUGACAGGAUACUUGUACUGCAUAUAUUCACACCUCCAGUGUCCAAACUAACCCGGCCUUGACGAGAAAAGGAGUCUGUGCCAUAGAGGAGAACAUUUUACCCACGUGAUGCCUGAACAAGCUGUCUCUUUGUUCUGCCGCUGAGCUAUUCAUGAUGUUACCGGAUGACGACUGUAAGGAUCUAUAUCCAGGCACGAUUACUAUGCCAUGAAAUUCUAUGUAAGUCAAAGUAUAUCAUUUUAAACUGAAGGCCUUUAUUUGUCCCCGUGUGAUGAAGAUGAUGAAAAACAUCACAAUGUCGUGCAUUACUUUUUGUUUGUGUCCAGUAUGUUUGCUCACUUUCUCACCGUCAUGUUGUAUGAAACCUGCAGGCGUCUCCCGUCUGUCCAUCUCGUCAUAUCCAGCGUUGUUUCUCCGCACAAAGCAGGAGGUGCACACACACACACACACACACACACACACACACACACACAUACCCGGAAAGAGAGACUCACAUUCAUUGACAGAACAUGUACACAAAGUUUCAGCGUGAGAAUACUUGAGAUGGGUCCGACUCGUGUGGACCGGGAGCCUGAAAGCAAUAAGUGUUGAUCUGUGACAGUGACGAGGUCUCAGCCCAGCGCAGUUCUGCCUCCUCAGAGCUGAAUAAAGUGCAAUAUGAAAUACUGA